ACUGUAACAUUCUGAUUCUGAGUGAUCGGGUGAGAGACGGAUCUGUUUUCGCCGUGACCUCAAGCUUUACUUGAACCUUAACUUUAAUAUUAUGUAGGCUUUUUAAACCCAGGUUGUAUUAUUCGCUGAAAAUAACACCAAACGGAGAUAUUUAGAACAAACUAGAUGUCACGGCAUUCAGCCUUGAGAACCAGGAAAUGGCUGCUGUAACUGCGUCACUCUGUUUCGCUUUGCUGUUUGCGGUGGCCUUCGUGUUUGUCUCUGCAGAGCAGAAAACCCUCACAGCUGAUCCUGGACAGAACGUUACUCUGACAUGUCGAGCUCCAAAUGACAAGAUCUUAGGUGUAAACUGGAUCAGAGCUGACCUGGAGUCAGAAUAUGUGCUUUUGUACCAGGAUGGGAGCUUUGAUACAGAUAACCAGCAUCCAUCCUUUAUGAACCGGGUGGAUCUGAAGGACAGACAGAUGAAGGAUGGAGACGUGUCUGUGAUCCUGAAGAACGUGACGAUUAAUGACACAGGAACAUACGAGUGUCACAUCUUAAUGGAAGAAACUCGUUCAUGGAGUGUCAGGAACAUCACCUCUCUUACUAUUGUUCCUCCAGAGAAGAAAAACAUCAUCGUCACCGCAGAGCCUGGAGAAAAUGCCAUUCUGCCAUGUCGAAGUUCAAAUAACAACAAUAACAUCAUAUUUGUAGAGUGGCGCAGACCUGACCUGGGGUCAGAAUAUGUCCUUUAUUACCAGCAUGGUCACUUUGUGUCAGAUCACCAGCAUCCAUCCUUUAAGAACAGGGUGGAUCUGCAGGACAGACAGAUGAAGCAUGGAGACGUGUCUGUGAUCCUGAAGAAUGUGAACACUGCUGACAAGGGAACAUACAAGUGUCAUAUCAAGACAGGAAACAAUCUCAGGAAGAGAGAUAAUCUGAUACCUGAUCACAUCAGCAUCAUCUACCUGAAAGUUCUUCCAGGUCCAACAGGAGGAGGAACCAGAGAGGGUGGAGGAUCUGUUGGUCUGAUCGCUGGUCUGUUAGUUCUGCUUCUUGCUGCUGCUGUUGGUGGUGGUUUUCUGAUCUAUAAUAAUCUGCAGCACCGACAUGGAUACUAGCCUCCUGUUAACUGUAGUCCUCUGAGUCUUUGGCUGCUCUUCCAAACUCUGUGUUGACAGAAACCAUGAAGAAAGAAGACAGAAACUAAGGAUGCUGAUCAUCAUCUUCAGUCCACAGCAGAGCUGUGAGUCAGUUAAAACAUCCAUCUCAUCUCUCUGAUUAUCAUGUUCAGACUCACACCAUCAGUGUGUGUGCUGUCAGUGACUGAACUACAGUAUUUAUUCAUCUUCAGGCUGUUCAGGGAUUUACCAAGUAAAACUGUGUUACAAACAUAUGAAUUUAUGCACUGUAAUAUCAGAGUCUGUGUUUUUGUAUUUGAUCUUCAGGAUCAGCAGCUGUUUGUAAGGUCAAACUUCAUGUAUGUACUUUGAGCCACACUAAAUAGAGUCAGCUACUUCAGUGUAUAUAGAAUCUGACUGAAAUGUGACUAUUAUUUUUUUUUUUGUUGUUAUUCUGUGAGUCAUAGACAAUCAAUGCACUGUUCAGGAUCUGGGCUUAAAGUUUUAUCAACUACAACUCCAAUGAGUCAGUUUGUAUAUAUGUAUAAAUAAAGUGCAUUUAACUUACAUUAAGUUAAAUGCACUUAAUCUGACUUUAACCUAACUAACCUUUUUCAUGUUUGUAUAAAAUAUAAAGAAAAAAAAGUUAUAUAGUAACCCUCUAUUUAGCUGACAUAACAUUUUUGAGUCAAUAGUUUUGCAUAAUAUUUUAUCUAAACCAGGUGAUUAACUUUGACUGAUUUGACUAAGUGUUAUGAGAGUUAUAUCAAAAUAAAGAUUUAUGUAUUUCCACACUCUGAUUUCUUUCCCUCUGAUCCUGCACUGUGAAGCU